CCUUCUUCCUUGUUCGUAGUGCAGGGCCACUCACUGGGCUCUGUCAGUUCUCAAGCUGAGCAGCAGCUUGGAUAUUAUAUACCCUCCACAGCGGCGCGAUUUUGCUCUGACUCGGCUGAAGUUUUCCCACAGAUAAGAGGGAAAGGGGUGGGGAAGAAAGAUUUCCCUGAGGACACCUCUCUUUUGCGGGACAUGGAGAACAGGCCAGCAGAGACCAACUCAGAGGUGGACAAGUCAUCAUCACCUUCAGUGGCUCAGCUAGCAGGGAAAUUCAAAGAGCAAGCAGCCAAUACUACUGGAAAAGAGGUACCACCACAUAAGCCAACUCGGAGGAAACCACCAUGCUCCCUUCCAUUGUAUUCCCACAAAACUGAGACAAGUGACAAUGAUGAGCAAAAGCGGUCUCCAAAUGCUUGCCCCGUUCCCAAGGUCAAGGUGAAAAGCUCCCCCAUGAUUGAAAAGCUGCAGGCCAAUCUGGCUUUUGCUCCAGCUGCUCUGCUGCCGGGAGCAUCUCCCAAAAGCCCUGGUCUGAAAGCCCUGGUUUCUCCGUUCAGCACCCCUCCCUCGACGCCCAGCAGCCCCGGGGUUCAGUCCCAGCCCAGUGAAGCGAGUGAGACGCCAGUGAGCUUUGAUCAACCCCCGGAAGGCACUCAGCUCCAGUUCUAUAACAAGGUGCGGACACGGGGAUCGAUAAAGCGCAGGCCCCCCUCCAGGAAGUUCCGAAGAUCUCUGUCUGAGUACGGAGAUGGGGAAGAUUUAGGGGUCAACAUCUCUCCAGAAAAUGGUGCCAAGGAAGAUGGGGAUGAGGUAUUUGGGCCCAAGAGCAAGACAGAGGAGGCAGAAACAGGGAGCAAAGAGCAAAAGAAACACAAAGGGUCUGAUGGGAAGCCCCCAUCAAGGAGAGAAUCCAGCAGAUCAGAAGAUGAAGAAAAAGGAGAAAAAGAGGCAGAGGAAAUGACUCCUUGCAAGAGUAAUGCAGGGGAUACAAAGGAGGAGGAAGAGUGUCGUGGUGCCCCAGAGGAGAAUUCUCCCCAGCCUCCCUCUGGCAACAAGGAGGAGAAGGUGUGCGACGGUCCCCAGGAAGAAGAGCAGCAAGACAGUGCCUGUGAACAGGAAAAGGGGGACAAGGAGAAGGAAGAAGCUGAAGCAAAGGAGACCAGUGAGAGCACAGUCACACGGGGAACAUCAGAAGAAACACCACUGGCCCCUGAACCGCUGCAGGACGCGGUGGGUUUAGAGACUGCCAGUGAGCCUUCAACGUCAGCUAUGCAGGACCAGGGCACAGCGUAACCGUGACGCACAGGACAUACCCAAGCAGGGCACAGGAGACUUAACAUGCGAAUAGGAGCCAUCUAACCCAAUCAAGGUGGAAGCUACAAGGUGGCAAACCUUCAGUGGCAGGAGAGGAGCAGAACACGGAUAUCCUCUGAGGUCCAGACUCAUCCCUGAGCUGAGUGGCAGCUCGCUGGCUCUCUGCACCAUCAUAUUUUGGGACAGUUGGAACAAGAGACCGGCUUGCGGUUGCUUCGGAGCUCAAAACUGAGGUGGUGUCUGACAUUCCUCGGUGAUAUCUGGGGACUGAAAGACCUGAUACGUGCUGUCCUGGAGCCAACAUCCACCACCGCUCCUGGUCCCUCUGCUUCUUCAUCCUGCUCCAAAACGUCUUUUUCUUCUCCCCUGUAUUGGUCUUAGAUGAAGUUCAUCAGUUACAUACAUACAUGUAUGGUGCCUUUUUGGAAGCUUCUUUUGAAAUAUUUUGGAUUUUCAAAUUUCAGUAAAUAAUGUUUUAACAGUAGGAAAAAGUAUGUUUUCUCCAUAUACGCUGUAUGGCAGACAAUGUGAACCCUGAACACAGGAAAACUCUUAGGAAAUUGCUCAUAAAGCUUAAAAUCCCUUUGAAGUGGGGUUGAACUGGCUGAUCUGUGAAACAGAAAGCUACGCUAGGCAGUUUUUCUGUGUGCUUCGCCUUUGGGGUGUUUUUAGUGCUGGUGGAAAGUAACAACCAACAGAUUUGAUGCACAGAAAAUGUGCUGAUGUGUAGCUGUGAUGUGCCGCUUAGGUCAACAGGGCAACUUCUUUUAUCUGGCUCAGGACUCCAAUCCGGAUUUAGAAGGGCUGCCUGUCCAUCAGUCUUUCUCGCUUCCAGACCCUAUCCCAUCUGGAUUCUCUCUUGAAACUUCCAGUGUAUGGCCACUGAGUGCCACUCAUGAUAGAAAGCAUCCUGGUUCACUGGGAACAGCUGGUUGAUUUUAUGUAGGUCAAAGAAGAGGUCUCCAGUCGUAUGGCCUGGCUGAAUAUGAAUUGGUGGAGGGCAGAUAGCCAGUCUCUCCUAAGUAUUUAGGCAUUGUACUAGAGUUGCAUUCACUCUUCAGGUGCCGGUUAAGUCAUGGGUCUAGCAGUUGCUAAGUCAAAAAAGGCUUUUCACCUGGAGAGUAUUUGCUGACCAUAAGAAAUAAGUUACUUCAGAAAGAUAGAUGGCAGACCCUCCCCUGACCAGUUUCCUGACAGCAUUGCUUGAAGCUGUAUCUGCAGUCCUGAUAAAAAGCUGCUCUGGCUCAAGGCCAUGGGGCUCAUGUCCACAGCACGACAUAGAGCUGCGGACAAGUCUGAGCUCACUGGAGACAGCCAGCCAGGCUUGUCAGAAGCUGAGCCAAGGAGCCAGCGAGCUGUUAGGUGGUGUGAACAGUCGGGGAUGAAUGCCUGAACCUGCCAUCAGCCACCUUGUACCCAGCAACAGAUGCAGCUACCGAGACCAAGGGCAGAACCAGCCAGCUCCUCCUCACCCAUCACAAAGCUCCUCCUAGCAACCGUUUAGCUGGGGAGAGUCAGAAACUCAGGUUGUCCCUGUCUCUCUGCACAGGAACAAGCACGUUACACACAGAACCCACAUGUGCCCUUGAGCGGACUCUGCAACACAUCCCCAAUGGUUUUGAGGGAUAUCCCCUUUCUGUUCACCAGCUCUAAAAUCACAAGGAAAGAAGUGGCUCUGUGCCCUGCCUUUCUUUUUCCCAGGUGAGAGCACCAAGGUGUCGUUUGCUGAGAGCCAGUGGUGCUGACCCUCUCAUGUAGCGUGGAUUUGUUGGACACAGAGGACCCCACAUCCUUUGGAGCCAUGCUGUGGAGCAUUGUUGCCUUUGAAUCCAUUUUAAUCUGUUUGUUAGAGCUUGUAUUCCAGGGCAGGCUGCAAUCAUUCACUGUACCCUGUUUCUUCUCUCAGCAGAGUGUCCCAUCUGGAUGUGAGUGAUUGUGCCUUACUAUAUAUAUAGAUAUAUGUGUGCCUGUUUAGAGAAUGAGUAUGGGUGUCCCGAGCAAGGGAAUGGAAAUCCGAGGGAGAAACAGAAGAAAUAAAUGGUGGAAUAAAACCAAGCCAAAACAAAA